CGGGCGGGGGAAGUGGGCGGAGCGAGGCCAGGGUAGGGUGAGCGGCCUCCGAAGCGGAGCGGAGCUCUGAGGAGACACUUUUUUUUUUUCCUCCCUCCUUCCCUCCUCUCCUCCUCCCUUCCCUUCCCCUCUCCUCCCCUCUCUCCUCCUUCCCCCCUCGGUCCGCCGGAGCCUGCUGGGGCGAGCGGUUGAGAUCGCAGGCGGUUACUCUCCGGGGCCGCCCGGCGGGUAGCUGGCGGGGGGAGGAGGCAGGAACCGCGAUGGCGCCUCAGAAGCACGGCGGUGGGGGAGGGGGCGGCUCGGGGCCCAGCGCGGGGUCCGGGGGCGGCAGCUUCGGGGGUUCGGCGGCGGCGGCGGCGGCGGCCACGGCUUCGGGCGGCAAAUCCGGCGGCGGGGGCUGCGGAGGCGGCGGCAGUUACUCGGCCUCCUCCUCCUCCUCGGCGGCGGCGGCGGCGGCUGCGGCGGGGGCGGCGGUGUUACCGGUGAAGAAGCCGAAAAUGGAGCACGUCCAGGCUGACCACGAGCUUUUCCUCCAGGCCUUUGAGAAACCAACACAGAUCUAUAGAUUUCUCCGAACUCGGAAUCUCAUAGCGCCAAUAUUUUUGCACAGAACUCUUACUUACAUGUCUCAUCGAAACUCCAGAACAAACAUCAAAAGGAAAACAUUUAAAGUUGAUGAUAUGUUAUCAAAAGUAGAGAAAAUGAAAGGAGAGCAAGAAUCUCAUAGCUUAUCAGCUCAUUUGCAGCUAACAUUUACUGGUUUCUUCCACAAAAAUGAUAAACCAUCACAGAACUCAGAAAAUGAACAAAAUUCUGUUACUCUGGAAGUUCUUCUUGUGAAAGUUUGCCACAAAAAAAGAAAGGAUGUGAGUUGUCCUAUAAGGCAAGUUCCUACAGGUAAAAAGCAGGUGCCUUUGAAUCCUGACCUCAAUCAAACAAAACCUGGAAAUUUCCCGUCCCUUGCAGUUUCCAGUAAUGAAUUUGAACCUAGUAACAGCCAUAUGGUGAAGUCUUACUCAUUGCUGUUUAGAGUGACUCGUCCAGGAAGAAGAGAGUUUAAUGGAAUGAUAAAUGGAGAGACCAAUGAAAAUAUUGAUGUUAAUGAAGAACCUCCAGCCAGAAGAAAACGAAAUCGUGAAGAUGGGGAAAAGACGUUUGUUGCGCAAAUGACAGUAUUUGAUAAAAACAGGCGCUUACAGCUUUUAGAUGGGGAAUAUGAAGUAGCCAUGCAGGAAAUGGAAGAAUGUCCAAUAAGCAAGAAAAGAGCAACAUGGGAGACUAUUCUUGAUGGGAAGAGGCUGCCUCCAUUUGAAACAUUUUCUCAGGGACCUACGUUGCAGUUUACUCUUCGGUGGACAGGAGAGACCAAUGAUAAGUCUACAGCGCCUAUAGCCAAGCCUCUUGCUACUAGAAAUUCAGAGAGUCUGCAUCAAGAAAAUAAGCCUGGUUCAGUUAAAACUGCUCAAGCCAUUGCUGUUAAAGAGUCACUGCCUACAGAUCUACAAACAAGAAAAGAAAAAGAUACUUCAAAUGAAAACAGACAAAAGUUAAGAAUAUUUUAUCAGUUUCUUUACAACAACAACACAAGACAGCAGACUGAAGCAAGAGAUGACCUCCAUUGCCCUUGGUGCACCCUGAACUGCCGCAAACUGUACAGCUUACUGAAGCAUCUUAAACUCUGCCAUAGCAGGUUUAUCUUCAACUACGUUAGGCUGCCUCCAUUUGAAACAUUUUCUCAGGGACCUACGUUGCAGUUUACUCUUCGGUGGACAGGAGAGACCAAUGAUAAGUCUACAGCGCCUAUAGCCAAGCCUCUUGCUACUAGAAAUUCAGAGAGUCUGCAUCAAGAAAAUAAGCCUGGUUCAGUUAAAACUGCUCAAGCCAUUGCUGUUAAAGAGUCACUGCCUACAGAUCUACAAACAAGAAAAGAAAAAGAUACUUCAAAUGAAAACAGACAAAAGUUAAGAAUAUUUUAUCAGUUUCUUUACAACAACAACACAAGACAGCAGACUGAAGCAAGAGAUGACCUCCAUUGCCCUUGGUGCACCCUGAACUGCCGCAAACUGUACAGCUUACUGAAGCAUCUUAAACUCUGCCAUAGCAGGUUUAUCUUCAACUACGUUUAUCAUCCAAAAGGUGCUAGGAUAGAUGUUUCUAUCAAUGAGUGUUACGAUGGCUCCUACGCAGGAAAUCCUCAGGAUAUUCAUCGCCAACCUGGAUUUGCUUUUAGCCGAAAUGGACCAGUAAAGAGAACGCCUAUUACACACAUUCUUGUGUGCAGGCCAAAGCGAACAAAAGCAAGCAUGUCUGAAUUUCUUGAAUCUGAAGAUGGAGAAGUGGAACAGCAGCGCACCUACAGCAGUGGCCACAAUCGCCUGUAUUUCCAUAGCGACACCUGCUUACCUCUCCGUCCACAAGAAAUGGAGGUAGACAGUGAAGAUGAAAAAGAUCCUGAAUGGCUAAGAGAAAAAACCAUUACACAAAUUGAAGAGUUCUCUGAUGUUAAUGAAGGAGAAAAAGAAGUGAUGAAGCUGUGGAAUCUCCAUGUCAUGAAGCAUGGGUUUAUUGCUGACAAUCAAAUGAAUCACGCCUGUAUGCUGUUUGUAGAAAAUUAUGGACAGAAGAUAAUUAAGAAGAAUUUAUGUCGAAACUUUAUGCUUCAUCUAGUCAGCAUGCAUGACUUUAAUCUUAUUAGCAUAAUGUCAAUAGAUAAAGCUGUUACCAAGCUCCGUGAAAUGCAGCAAAAACUAGAAAAAGGAGAAACUGCGUCCCCUACAAAUGAAGAAAUAACUGAAGAACCAAAUGGAACAGCAAACGGAUUUAGUGACGUUAACUCAAAAGAGAAAGCUUUGGAAACAGAUGUUGUCUCAGGGGUUUCAAAACAGAGCAAAAAACAAAAACUCUGAAAAUAAAACCUAACCCCAUGUUAUGGACAAA